AUGUCCCCAUCAGCAGAGGCAACCGGCGGAAAUGCCAGCGGUGCUCCUAAAGAAGAGGGCCUUGGUCAAGCCUUCACAAAGCAAGUCAUUGACUCUUUCGGCCCCAAGACUGAUCCAAGGCUCCGGGAGGUCAUGUCCUCGUUCAUCCAGCACAUGCACGACUUUGCCCGCGAAACACAACUCACUUGCGAUGAGUGGAUGGAGGCAGUUAACAUGAUCAACUGGGCUGGUCAAAUGAGCACAGAUAAGAGAAAUGAGGGACAAUUGAUGUGCGACGUUAUUGGUCUUGAAAGUCUCGUGGACGAUAUCACACACCGUCAGGCAGCGAAGAACGGUCUAUCAGGAACUGAAACCGCUAUUCUGGGACCAUUCUGGCGCCAGGAUACACCCAUUCGUGAGAAUGGUACCACCAUCACAUUCGACACUCCCAGUGAUGGCAAGGUAGCUUACCUAUACGGUACUGUGACAUCAGCAGCAACUGGAAAGCCCAUCCCCAACGCCUCUGUCGAUGUUUGGCAAGCGUCCACCAACGGCCUGUACGAGCAGCAAGAUGAUAAGCAGGUUGAGCACAACCUGCGUGGAAAGUUCAUCACCGAUGACCAGGGUCGUUACUCGUUCUACUGUCUGCGCCCUACUCCUUAUCCUGUUCCCGAGGAUGGCCCAGCAGGCAAGCUCCUUCAUCUCCUAGACCGCCACGUCUACCGUCCUGCCCACUUGCACUUCAUGGUUCUUGCAAAGGACUACAAGUCCGUUGUGACUCAAAUCUUUGACGCUGACUCUGGUUAUCUUGACAAUGACAGUGUCUUUGCCGUUAAGGAUAACCUAACAGUGACUUUUGUGCCUCGAAAGGGAGAUCCUAAAGCAGAGUGGGAGUUGGAAUAUAACAUGAGCCUCGCUACAGAGUAG